ACAGAACACCACCACUGUUCAGUCUGACUCUCAGAACUCUCCAACCACCGGGGCAGCCACUUCCCAAACACCAGAUGGAGGAGAACAAUCCCAGCAGCCUUCCACGAUGGGCGGCACCUCUCCUCGAGCCAGCUCCCCUGGACACUCAAGCUCCUGGCUCUCUGGCACUUCACCCGCAGUAACAGUCACUCCAGUCCCUGAGGAGCUCCACCUGAUCUCUGACAGUAUGGUCUGGCCGGAGGCUUGGCAGUACUGCAGGGAUCACUACACUGACCUAGUGAGCCUCACAAGCCUGGCUGCACAGAACAGAGUGUCGGAGCUCGUCAGGAACAGCACUGCGUCGCGAUACUGGAUCGGCCUGCACAGAACCGUGGUGUAUGAUAAAUGGUACUGGGUUGCUGGUAAGGAUAAGAGGGCCCCCCUAAACUACACUAACUGGGCCCCUGGGGAGCCCAACAAUCCUUACUAUGAGCACUGCGGAGAGAUGGUGCUGAGGGAGGAUGGGGGGGCUGAGUGGAAUGAUCUGUGCUGCUAUGAAAAGCUCCCAUUUAUCUGUUUCAAAGGUUAAAAAGGUUUUAUAGCACUGCUUCUCAAACAUUCUAUAGUAUAAAGUCACUUUAGUCUAAAAAAAUAAGCAAUUUACAAAAACUAAACUUUGUUGUAUAAAUGUGGCAUGUGUGAAUAAUAAUGCAAAACAAAAUCUUGUAUCUGACAGAGUUUGGCAAUGCCAGAGUCCUGUAGAAUAAAUGACUGUGUAGCAAUCUUAAAGGGGCAAUAAUUACUUAAGAAAAGACUCCUCAAUACUGAUUGUGAGGAAGUGAGGUGGGGAAGCAUUAUGGUGUUGCACAGGCUUCAGUGCACAAUGCUUGUCUUAUGGGGUUCAUGGCACAGCGCAACUCUAAUAUGAUUCCCCUCCUCACUUCCUCACAAUCAGCAUUGAGGAGUCUUUUCAGAAGCUGCUGUUCACUUGUUUUUCUUUUAGUUCAGGAUACGCAGCUAUUUAAAAUGCCAGGCUGUAGAUAAACUGCUGCAUCCUGGUACCUGUGCUGUAGGUCACUGGGUCUGAUUGAGGCCGGACCAUUGGAGAGAGUUUGAACUGCAAUACAUGGACUGAUCAGCUACUAGGAAGCAGCAGCAACUUGGUUUAAAUUAUUAUUAUUAUUAUUAUUAUUAUUAUUAUUAUUAUUAUUAUUAUUAUUAACGUUUUCUUUUAAAUAUCUACAUUUACAAAUUGAAGUAUAAAACACAAGCAAAGGACAAAAAGAGUUUCAACAGAAGGAAAUGGGCCAGUGAUCCUAUUGCUGGGGAUAAUAAGAUAUAAGAACAUGGAUUUUAAACCUUGGGCAGCAUCAUAUAGGAUGUAUUGUUAAGAGGGAAGUAGAGAGGGUGAAAGGGUCUUAUUU